AUGAUGUUUCUAGAAAGCAAUGGACUUUAUUCAUAAUCUUUUAGCUUCUAGUCCUACAACCCAAAUGAGAAGUUGGAUAAAUAAUUGAGAAAGUUUUUAAAAUAUUUGCUAUACUAAGUUAUUUAUUUAAAGUAUUUUCAUUCUUAUAUAGAUUUCAAUAUGCUUCUAGUUGCCAUAAAAUUUUUUAAAAUUAAGUAUUUUUCAAAGCAUUUUAUAAAGUUACGAGUAAGGAAGCAAGUUUAAGCCAAAAAGUAUAUUGUAAGCAAAAGAAAUGAUUGGAAAGAAAUUUUAAAAUAAAAUAGCUCUCAAAAUAAAAAAACCUUAGAAUUUAUAGAUUUUCCUUAAUAAAAAGAUUCUUUUAUUAGUUAAUUAAUAAUAGGUAACACCUUAGUGAAACUCAAUCGUUUUGAAGAAGCUUUGCAAAAUUAUGAUCAUGCAAUUAAUAAAAACCCUGAAAUUGCUGAUUUCUAUAUAUCAAAAUGUGUUUUGAAUUAAUCUAUUUAUAAUAGGCAAUGUGUUAACAUAACUAAACCGUUUUGAAGAAGCUUUAUAAUAUAAUGAUUAUGCAAUAUAAAGAAAUCCUGAGUGUGCAAAUUAUUAUGCUUCAAAAGGUUUUUUUUAUCAAUCUAUUAAAAUAGCAAAUAUUUUAACAUAACUAAAUCGUUAUGAAGAAGCUUUGUAAUAUAACGAUUAUGCAAUUUAAAGAAAUCCUGAAUGUGCAAAUUACUAUGCUUAAAAAGGUUUUUUGGAUUAAUUUAUUAAAAAUAGCAAAUAUUUUAACAUAACUAAAUCGUUAUGAAGAAGCUUUGUAAUAUAACGAAUAUGCAAUUUAAAGAAAUCCUGAAUGUGCAAAUUACUAUGCUUAAAAAGGUUAUUUGGAUUAAUUUAUUAAAAAUAGCAAAUAUUUUAACAUAAUUAAAUCGUUUUGAAGAAGCUUUGCAAUAUUAUGAUGAUGCAAUUCAAAAAAACCCUGAGUGUGGAAAUUAUUAUGCUUCAAAAGGUUUUUGUCUCAACCCAUUUUAUAGGGAACACUUUAGCAAAAUUAUAACGUUUUGAAGAAGCUUUGCAAUGGUUAGAUUAUGCAAUUCAAAUAAAUCCAGAGUGUGCAAAUUAUUAUGCUUCAAAAGGUAAUGUAUAAAUCCAUUUUAAGGUUACACUUUAACUUAACUAAAUCGAUUUGAAGCAGCUUUGUAAUAUUUAGAUUAUGCAAUUCAAAAAAACCCUGAAUUUGCUGAUUACUAUGCUUUCAAAGGUAAAAAAUAUUAAUAAUACAGAGCUUAUGCUUUAAUUCAUAUGAACCGUUUCGAAGAAGCUUUAUAGUAUUAGGAUUUCGCUAUUCAGAAAAACCCUGAACAAGCUAAUUUUUUUAAUGACAAAGGUAAAACUAAUUAUUAAUAAAUAGCAAAUACUUUAAGCAAAAUGAAUCGUUUUGAGGAAGCUUUAUAUUAUUAUAAUGAUGCAAUUUAAAGAAACCCUCAAUGUGCAGAUUUUUUUUCUUCGAAAGGUUUUUUGUAUAAAUUAAUUUAUGAUAGGUAACACAUUAAAAAGACUCAAUCGUUUUGAAGAAGCUUUGUAAUAUUAUGACUAUGCAAUUAAAGUAAAUCCAGAGUGUCCAAAUUAUUUUUUUUAAAAAGGUUUUUUGGAUUAAUCUAUUAAUAAUAGGCAAUGCGUUAACAUAACUAAAUCGAUUUGAAGAAGCUUUGGAAUAUUAUGAUUAUGCAAUUUAAAUAAAUCCAGAGUGUGCAAAUUAUUAUGCUUAAAAAGGUUUUUUCUAUUAAUCUACUAGUAAUAGGCAAUACAUUAACAUAACUAAAUAGUUUUGAAGAAGCUUUGUGCUUUUAUAACUAUGCAAUUUUAUUAGACAAUUAAUUCGCUGAUUAUUAUUCAUAAAAAGGUUUUUUAUAAAUUUAUUAAUAAUAGGUAACGCCUUAGCGAAACUCCAUCGUUUUGAAGAAGCUUUGCAAAAUUAUGAUCAUGCAAUUAAUAAAAACCCUGAAAUUGCCGACUAUUUUUCUUUCAAAGGUAAAAUAUAUAGUUUUAAAAAAAGCAAAUACUUUAAGUUAAUUAAAUCGUUUUGAAGAAGCCUUGCUAAAUUAUGAUUAUGCAAUUAAUAAAAACCCUGAAAUUGCUGAUUAUUUUUCUUUCAAAGGUAAAAUAGAUGGUUUUUAAAAAAGCAAAUACUUUAAGUUAAUUAAAUCGUUUUGAAGAAGCCUUGCUAAAUUAUGAUUAUGCAAUUAAUAAAAACCCUGAAAUUGCUGAUUAUUAUUCGUUAAAAGGUAAACUUUAUUGUUAAUAAAGAGCUAAUACUCUAAUCCACUUGAACCGUUUUGAAGAGGCUUUGUAAUAUUAUGAUUAUGCAAUUUAACGAAAGCCUGAAUUUGCUGACUAUUUUACUUACAAAGGUAAAUUACAUUGUUAAUAAAAAGCAAACACUCUAAUCAACAUGAACCGUUUUGAAGAGGGUUUGUAAUAUUAUGAUUAAGCAAUUGAAAAAAAGCCUGAUUAUGCUGAUUAUUUUACUUACAAAGGUAAAUUACAUUGUUAAUAAAAAGCAAACACUCUAACCCACUUGAACCGUUUUGAAGAGGCUUUGUAAUAUUAUGAUUAUGCAAUUGAAAAAAAUCCUGAAGAAUAUACAAAUUACAUCAAUAAAGGUAUUUUCUUCUCAUAUUUCUAAAAGCUGUUACCUUACUAACAUUAAAUCGGUUUGAAGAAGCUUUAUAAUAUUGUGAUGAUGCCAUUUGUAGGAAUCCUGAUUCGUUUUAUCCAUUCUUUAUUAAAGGUAAAUUAUCUUUAUUAAUUUAAGCAAAAGUUCUAUUUAAAUUGGGUUAUUUUUAAGAAGCUCUUGAAUAUUGUAAUUAAGCAAAAUAAAAAAAUACACAAAAUUCUUAAUUUUGCCUAUUAUAAGGUUUAAAAUUUUAUUAUUUCCUAAGGAGAGGCUUUAGUUAAUAUUGAUAGCUUUAGAGAAGCGCUUCAAAAAAAUAUAAAGGGAUCCAAUUCGAAUUCAAUUGAUUUUCAGAAUCAUUUCAUUCAAGGUAGACUAAAAGACAUUAAUUAGAAAACAACUCAAAUACAUUGAUUUUUAAGUAGAAAAUACAAAAGCUGAAUUACUAAAAUCAAGCUUUGAUUGAUGAUGAUAAAGAUUUUUAAUAAUAAAUGGAUGAUGUCUUUUCAUUACAUGCUUCUGAAUUAGUUUAAAAAAAUAACGAUAAUCCAGAUUAUUUUUACUUAAUAGGUAAAAUUGCUCAAUAAGAUUAAGCUUUACAGCUAAAAUAAUAGAAAAAGAAAAGCUUGGCUCUUAAUUGUUGUGAAAUAGGCAUUUCAAUAAAUGCAGAAAACCCAGAUUAUUCAAUUAUCAAAGGUAUUUUUUUUAACGAUUUAGCCUCUUCUUUAAAUAAAUUAUUGAGUUUAAAAAAAGCAAUUUUAUAGGAGGCUUGA